CCUAGGAAUACUACAGACAAGGGUCUGGGACGCUCAUCGCUCAGUGCUCACUACUCGACUCAGUACUCACUAGUCAGUACUUCAGUAGUCACUUGACGCUUGUCACUUGUCGAACGGUCGUCGGUUAGUGCGGGUCAGCUGUGCGCCUGUGCCCCAGGUCUCGGUCGAACGAUUCCAGCAACGAAUAAAAUAAAAUAAUAUUUAUACCAAGACGACAUCGAUCCCGCCGGCAGAAAUUCGGCUCAUCGCUCGUUGUGGUGCCAAUAACUGGCUCUUAGACCCGCGUGUGUGCGUUCACCGUGGUUGUACGUUGUACCUACGUCACUCGCCCACACGUCUUUGGUAAUCGAUUCUUCGUUCCAGCGUUUCAGUAUCUACUUGCGAUAUUUGCGACGUUUGCGUUCAUCGACGAUUCCCUGCUACUCGGCUGUCGACACGGAUAAUAUUCAACGGUACCUAGAUUACAGAGCGCAGUCAACGUCCCGCAUAACGCUGCCAUUUACCGCCGAUAAUUUUUCGACUUGGAGAUUUUUUAUUUUGCUGCAUUUCUACAAUGGAAGGCGUAAACGCUGAAAUCAUGCAAUCUGGUUUGCAUCGCUUGUGGGCCAAGCGUCAGGGUACAAUCUUAGGUCACGUGCAUGAAAUCCGGGAUGAGAUAUUGGACCAGGGUCAAUGUGCGUCAUCAUUUGAUAAUCAGCCUACUGAUGGAGAGUUACUCGGGGAUAGAGUCAAGUCUGGAGAUGGAGCUCAUUAUUUGGAAAAAGAGCUUGCUGUUACCUCUGAUCCAGAAAAAAAUAAUGCUCCAUCUGCAUUCAGCAGCUUAAAAACUGCAAGUUCUAAUAAUUCUGAUUGGACUAUUGAAGAAACUUCUGUGAUUAACUUGGAUGGAGCUGAGCUCAAUGAUUUUCCUGCCAAAUAUUCAGUUCCAUUAUUACGGCCUUAUGAGUUUGCUGCAGUUGGUGUCUGGAUUCAUCCAAAUAUUGUGCCUGGGUUUAAAUACAAAGUUCGUCCCAUUGAAAAUAAAGAGCGUACAAGGUUUUUAUUUGAUAAAAGAGCAUUGGAAUUAAUGAGCAUUGGUCGUGGUUAUUCAAGACGUUUAACAUUUGAAGCUAGUCCAGGAUUAUUGAAUGAUAACGAAAAUUAUUUUUGGACUGAUUCCAUGCCUUCUGGUUAUGCAUUUCAAGUACAUGUUGUGUCUGUGGGAGACAACUUCACAGUUUUUGACGCAAACAAUGUUGCUGUGGCUACAAUAGAAGUCACUAAAAUCCCGAAUGCUCAGAAAGAAGUCAAUCAUGAAGUAACAGAGAAUGGAGAGGUGAGGAAAAAUGUUGAAGUUAGCAUGCUUUGCAAAGUAGAUUGGUUCUAUAAAGAAGAUUCAUCUGCAAUAACACCAGUCACUGGAAUUGCUGUGGCUUCUAAACUACCACGGGGAUCAGCAAAGCUUAUAAAGAUAUUAGAUGCUUCUAUUGGUUUUAUACCAUGUCGAGGUUACACUUUAAUACCUGGCGUAGAUGAUAAACAACGGCAAUUGGUGUUGAAUGGAUGUAGUAUUGGCGAUGCACCCACUAUGUACACAAUGACAGGAUUAGAACCAUACGAAUUGCCUGUGAUUGGUACUUAUGUUGACCCAAGAAUUAUGCCUGGUUUUCAUUAUAAAGUACGUCCAACAGGGCAUAAGAAUUAUUUGUUUGAUGGUAAUGCUUUACAAUUGAUUAACAUUGGAAUGGGAUAUGGAAAACGUAUGACAUUUAAACCUGAUAGCCAUAGUCUUAACAAUAAUACAAACUUUUUCUGGAGUGAUUCAUAUCCAGAAGGUUAUGGGUUUGAACCUCAAGCUGUAUUUUGUGGCAUGAAGUUUGAUGUUAUGAAUGACACUCAGCGUAUUGGUGAAGCCACAGUAUUUCGCAGUGAUAAUCCUCAAAUUGAGGAUCAACAAUGUAUUGUAAACAGUACAACUGGAGUGACAGUGACAAAGUAUAUCCAUGUAGAUGUUACUUGUCAAGUGAUGUUGAAAAGUGAUAAAUCUGACAAUGAGUCUCAUUCUGUUCGUGUUUCUGGUACUGCAGUUAUAGUCAAAUACUCUAAGCAGAAUGAAGCAAAAUUGUUGUAUAUCGACAAUGUGGGUCUUAGCUCUAAGCUAAACUUGGUGUUUAUGAAUCAAAAGUCUCAUAUUAUUUUUCAAGCUAAAUAA